AAAGCACCAGCUUGAUCAUCGAAAAGUCUCUUUUCCUCCUUUCCCCCCAUCUGCUUCUUUCAUGCAAAGGUCUCACUCAUGGACAUGUUAAUUCAGCUCUAUUGAUAAUUUCUUCGGCCACCGCUCACCAACAACGCAUGCAUCCAAUAGGAAAGCCUGCCUCUGAAAGAUGGAGGCGGACUGGGAUAGUCAACCUUGUCUUGGUUGCAGUCUGCGCUGCGUCCCUGCUCGGCAGUCUGGUGGCUAGCAUCACACGAAGCAAUUCCUCGAUAAACACUGCUACGAUCAUCUACGAAGCUGAGUGUAGUUAUAUCUCAAGGCUUAAUCUUUCUCUUCACCUUCUUAUAAACCUAGUCUCGAGUGGAGUUCUAGCUUCUUCAAACUUCUACAUGCAGGUUUUAAGCUCACCAUCUCGGAAAGAAAUCGACCAUACCCACGAAUAUCUGAAGUCUCUUGACAUCGGCAUUCCAUCUGUGAAGAACAUUCGAUUCAUCUCACCAUUCAAGCAGAUAUGCUGGGCUAUACUAUUAUUAAGCUCAUUUCCAUUACAUCUCAUCUUCAAUAGUGCCGUUUUUGAAACGGGCUACCAAGGGAGCUACUGGAACCUCACUAUUGCAACUGAAGCAUUCACUCAAGGUGCAGGGUUCUAUGCGCCGGGUGCAAGUCUCUCUCCUGCUGGAUCUCCCUCACCAGCAUAUAUCCGUAGCACUGUCGGGCAGCCUGAACACCAACCAACACCUGUUUGGAAGGCCAAGGGCGGCAUUGAUGGUUACGGCCAGUCUCUUGACAUUGCAGAUUACUGGGACGAAAAUUCCUUACCUCGCCUGGAACUCGCUGCAACAGCUUUGGUUGCAGAUUCUUGGUCGAGGUUGGAUCCCAAAACCUGUUUGGCAGAGUACAGAUCAUGCAACCCUAGGAAGAAUUACGGAAAUGUGGUUGUGGUUGUGAACAGUAGCGCUUCUAGCGCAGCUGGAUGGACUCGGUCAGAAGUUUUUCAUUUCGACCCGCAGAGCAAUCUAUCCUCAAUAUGGGAUUCGCACAUUCCUCCAAACGUGACAAACUCACUUUGGUAUUCCGCCCAGUGCAAAGUAACGCGAUCCACCAACCCGUCGGUUUAUGACCACUGCGAGCAUACUUGUCUUAAUGUACUUGGACUCAACCACACAAAAACGUACGAUGUCUCUACAAAAGCUCCAGAUAAUACUCAAUGGACUCUUUCAUUCCAGCCAGUAGAGCUGAAUAUCGCACCAUCCGUCCGAGAAAGUUUGGGCUACAACGAUACGUUCAAUAGCCUAGACGUCAACUAUUGCUUGGCACUACCGGUAAACAAGUGCAAGAUUGGUGUUUCGAACACUCUGGUUCUUAUCGUUCUUGUCUGUAUCCUCGUAAAACUACUCACAUGCGUUAUGGUCAUACGAAAUCUCACUCAUCACAUGUCCUUGAUAACUCCAGGCGAUGCGAUGGAGUCGUUCAUUUCCAGGCCGGACACUCGAAUCGAAGGUCUGGGUACUCUUGAUAUUACAGAUAGUGAACGGUUGGAGUUCGGUCCUCGAACAUUAUCAACCGAGGCUUCCAGCGACUUGACGCAGAUCAUUCGACCUCGACGCUGGCAGACCAAACCCCGGCGCUACAUUGGAAUGGUUCCCCGAGCAGCUUGGACACGCACCUAUUGUCUGUUGUUUUGUGCGAUAGUGUUCCUCGUAGUCUGCGUCGCCCUGGCAUUAGAUGGCGGUCGCAGUCCUCUGGCAUAUGCAUUCGGUCAUACGGAUGAGAAUCUCACAGCCCAACUUGCAGGGUCCUAUAUCGGCUCACUUCUAGUGGCUAAUACGCCACAACUCAUUUUAUCGUUGUGUUAUUUUUCAUACAAUACCUUUUUCACUCGACUCGCGGUUGAGACGGAAUGGAACUCGUUCAGUUUAAGACACCAGCCACUACGGGUAUCGUACCCCGUGGGGAAGCAAGUGUCUAAAUAUCGUCUUCAGUUACCUUAUAGAUACAGUAUACCUCUCCUUGCUGUUAGUAUAUUGUUGCAUUGGCUCGUCUCAAAUUCGGUAUAUAUUUUUAUCACCGAAGGGGGUAAGUUUAAAAUGAUAUUUAACACAAGUUAAUAUCGCUAAUCCGAUGAAGGCUACUGGGAGAUAGAAGGCACCGUCGAAGGUGCAGCGAGCUACUUCGGU